AAUAAUCCUGUGGGCGGAACCAGAAGUAGCCGUUGAGACGCUUUCAAUUAGCUGCUAAGAGAACGAACCAAACGUUAUAGCUCUUCUGUCGGCGUCUGGAAAACCUACACGAACAGUUAGAUUUGAUAAUCCUCAAGUAAACAUUUGCUCAUCGAAGCUACAUCCUACGUGUAUAAUUAUAUUCCUCUUCAGUGUAAUCACAAUGGGUGAGGUGGAGCUGUCCUGUCGGGCUUAUGUGAAGAUGUACCUGCACGCCUGCCUGUUUCCACGGUGCAGCAUCAACGGGCUGCUGUUGUCGUCCAGCUCGGCAGGUGGCGCCGUGUGCGUGACGGACUGCGUGCCGCUGCUUCACUCUCACCUGCCCCUGGCCCCCAUCACUCAGCUGGCCCUCACACAGGUGGACGUGUGGUGUUCACAGACGCAGCAGAGGAUUGUGGGAUAUUACCAAGCUAACGCCUGUGUAUCAGACAGCAGCCCGACACCAUGUGCACUGAAGAUAGCUGAUAAGAUUGCUGAGCAGUUUGAUAAUGCAGUUUUGUUAAUGCUCGACGGCGGUAAAAUGUCUCCAGAUUAUCGGGUUCCUCCCAUCGUGAUGUACGAGCGCAAAGAUUCAAGAUGGACGCUCAAAGACAAACACACGAUAAUGCUGCGGCAGUGGGAGGAGACCCGGGCGAUAGCCGGUCAGAUGCUGGAGUCGGGCGAUCACACGCUCCUGGUGGAUUUCGACAGCCACUUGGACGACAUCACAAAGGACUGGACCAAUCAGAAGCUGAACACCAAGAUAGCCGAGCUCGCCUCGCCGGCCAACGGGAACAUCUAACGCCGAGAAGUAGCACCAGUUUGUACCGGAGCCCAGAUUUAUUUAUGUUCCGACCCGACGUCAUCGCUGACGUACAAAUGUGACUUUUAUUAUUAUUUUUAAUAACCCGACACGACCACAUGUUCACAGAGUUUAGGGAAGACGUUUAUUUUAAUGCAUUUUCUGAACAGGAACAUUACAUAGAACAUGCAUAAAUAACUAAAUAUUUACAGCUUGGUAGAUCUCUGAGUCUUCCACCCCCUCCCCUUCAAACACCCCCCCACCCCCCCAGAGUGUGCCUUGUGGUCCGGCCCAGUACCCCUGCUGAUUUAAAGGAAAAAUCCACCUUAAAAAAUAUUUUUAAAAACACCUUUAACACUGUUACCAAGCACCUGUGGAUAGCACUCAUCUUUGGCCCUGUCUUGUCACCUGAUGCUACACUACUGUUACUCCUACAUAUAUUACAAGCAGCAGGGGGUGGACAAAAUAACGGAAACACCUUACAGUACUAAAGUCCUGCAGUGAAUACUGGUUUGUUGAAGCUUAAAAUGUUUGUUUAUUCAGGUUGAGAGUCAGGAUUAAGGUGGUAGUAGUAAGUUUUGGUGCCUCACAUGGACUCUUCUUCUAACAUACUCUGUUACGUGACAGUUUAACAGCAUUAUUUGCAGCUUUUGCACCAGAAAUCUGUCAGUUCGUACCUCUGUUUAUUGUGCAGCAGCCUCGCUCACCUAAACUGACAUUUCAUAAACAUUUCAAGAGGAUAUGUCUCAUAAAUCAUCGCCAGUUCUUUUCAAAAACAGUCAACCGUGAGAAGAAAGAGGAACAGUGCUGCACACAAGAACGCACGUUCGUUUAACAGGAUAUUUGCAGUUUGGCAAACUCGGUAAAACUCUCAACAAAGACACAAACACUCUGAGCUUCAGCAGAGUGUAUUCACUGCAGGGCUGCUGUACAGGAUGAUGAGAUGUUUCUGCUCCUAAGCUGAAAUCCAGUUUUAAAACUUGUCGGAAUUAUGUUGAAACUCUCAAAACGCUAAUCAAGUUUCACUCACUCUCUGCAGGAGAGCAGGCGGUUGAGGUUCAGUGGGCACACUCUUGUAAAUUAGAUUAACUAUAACUUCUAAAAAAAAACUGCACUGAAAUGGAUGAUUUCUGACACGCAGCUUUGUGUGAGUGCAGCGGUCUGUCCCAUCUCUCGUUAACAGUGUGAAUCCUUUUUUUUCAUCUAUUAAAAGAACAACGAUGAACUCA